AACUAUCUCUCAUUUAUACUUAGCUUCAUAAAUAAAAACACACUAAGCUUGAAAAAUUCAGUCCGGGAUCGAAAGUAUCCCGAAGCGGUUCAAAAGCAUUGCAUUCAAGCUUCAUUUUAAAAUAUUUGGAUUAAAAUGUCGAGCCCUCUAGUGUCGGUUGAAGAUUACGAGAAGCGUGCCGCGGAGAUUAUCCCAGCAGGGUCGUUUGAUUACUUCCGGUGUGGCGCUGGCGAUGAGCUUACCUUGGGGCUGAAUCGUUCUUGUUUCGAACGUAUCCGGAUUCGAACUCGGGUACUUCGUAGUGGAUCCAAGCGUGAUAUGAAGGUCACCCUCUUUGGAGAGGAGCUUGCUAUGCCGAUUGGAAUUGCUCCCUCGGCCAUGCAGCAGAUCACUCAUCCCGAGGGUGAAGUAGGGAAUGCUCGAGCUGCGGCCAGUCGAGGUGUAGUGUAUACUCUUAGCACCGUGGCAACGUACUCUCUUGAGCAGGUUGCAGCCGAAACGCCAGGAUCGCCAAAGUGGUUUCAGUUGUAUAUUUUUAAAGAUCGCACUCUCACGGAGUCUCUGGUUCGGCGGGCGGAGAAAGCUGGCUUCAAGGCCAUCGUACUGACGGUUGAUGCCCCGAUGUUCGGGAUUAGAAGAGCGAUUAUGAGGAACAAAUUUUCCCUGCCACCUCAUUUGGUAAUAAGAAAUUUGGAAGGUCACCUACCUCCCGUUAAACAGGGCCAGGACGCACCGAAUAUCCAGGACUACAUGUCCGGACAGCUGGAUCCGACGUUGUCCUGGGACGAUGUGAAGUGGUUGCAGAAUUUUACCAAACUUCCGGUGAUUGUGAAAGGAAUCCUGUCUAAAGAAGAUGCUAUCUUGGCAGCCGACGCUGGAGUUCAAGGAAUUUGGGUUUCCAAUCAUGGCGCAAGACAACUGGACUCGGUGCCUGCAACGAUUGAAGCUCUUCCAGAAAUAGCGGCUGCCGUUGGGGAUCGUACCACAAUCUUUAUGGAUGGUGGAAUAAACGAGGGAACGGAUGUUUUCAAAGCUCUGGCGUUGGGUGCGAAAAUGGUUUUCAUUGGGAAGCCCGCCCUGUGGGGACUGGCCGUUGAUGGACAGCAGGGAGUGGAAAAUGUGCUGGACAUUCUCAGAAAGGAACUGGACCUGGCAAUGGCGUUUACCGGAUGUCAGAAAGUGGCGGAUAUCGGUCGAUGUCAUGUGGCCCAUGAGUCGGAAUAUUAUAAAUUUUAGAUUUCA